AACCAACGGCGCAGGGAAAGGCAAGACGGGUAGAACGAGAAACCCGUCUUCCUUUCGAAAAGAAAAGAAAAAAAUACGUUAACGGAGCUUCGAUGUGUGUCCUCGCUUCACACCCGGCCAUGCCAACGACACGCGAUGUAUUAUUACUGCAAUCGGAAUAAAAUGAGCGCCAGUGCAGCCGGGCCCGGAGCGGAGAGUUGCGGGGCCGGGUGUCCGCAUAGCGCCAGCCGCUGCUGCGGGGGAGGAGGCUGCGGUGAGCCCGUCAGUGGUGACGGAAGAUCGGCCGCUGCGGCUACAGCCACCAGCGCUGCCUCUGCGCGGAGCCCCAGCGUAGCCGAGGCCCAGGCGUUCUGCGAAUGGGACGAUGCCACGAAAACCUCCAUCGAUGCGGAUCCGUCACAGAAAAUGAACAAGGUGGGCUUUUUUGCGAACGGUACUGCUGAUAUCACACGGGAGGGAGAAGAAUUUGCGGAUUCGGGAAAAUACGGACGCGAGCGUUUUUGUAGACAAAGCACGGGAGCGGGCGAGGAUAGCAGCAUUAAAAUAGACCACGAAGAGGUCGAGCGUCGGUGUUUUAUGAGCGCUAUGACGCGGAGGGACGGGUGCAGAGCGAGUGCGAGACUGCCGCUACUGCGCACCGGGAGAACCCGACGAGGACAGACGGUACGGACCGAGACUGAGGGUGCGAUGAUGACAGCCGCUGCAAGGUGUGGUCACGGGACUCCCGAGCUUGCGGUCAUCAAGCGCCGGGGAUGCAGUUCUACGGGAGCCUCCAAGAGGGUGUGUUUCUCCGGGAUCAGCUCGGUGACAUACUGCGGCAGCUCCAAUGGGGAAGCUGAUGUGAAGGGCUUCGCGUGCAGCACAGAGACUUUCAAAUCCGGACGUCAGACGGACACCCCCGAAAACAGGCGAGUCCAAUCCGUGAACACGAACAGGGCUCAAAAAAACAAUUUAGCGGGGGGUGGCAACGGCAUGGAAAAUACCGAGCUGCCCACAUACAGAACGGCCAAGGGGCGCGUUCGACUGGACAGGGUUCGCUCAUUUCUUGCCAGCUCUGCCAACCAUAACAACGGGGUGAGCGGAAACGGAGCCCCUCACGUAGGUAGUAACAAUAUAUCUUCUUCGCAAUCCUCCUCGUUGUCUCUCCAAGCCCCCGAACCUGUGCGUGACCAAGAACAGCCUCAGCCGCAACAUGCACGGAUACACGGACGCGUAAAAAAGCCCCUGUGCGCCGUUUCUCACACUGAAAGUACUCAGUCAGGGAGUGGGCCUCCUAAUGGGACAGAACACUAUAAAGUUGAAAUUGAACAGAAUAAUAACCCAUCCAAGUGUGACAGUACAGGUGAAGGUCCUUCAGAGCUGGAGGGCCUCAGCACAGAGCAGAUAGACGCAGUCAAGGGGGAAGCUGAACGGCGGCAGGUAGAGCUGGAAGAUCGGACGGAUCAUAUUUGGAGGCGUUUGCAGGCCUUUCAGGUGAAGCAAGUGGAGAGGCAUGUUACACAGCAGCUUCGUGGCCUGUACAGGAGCCCAGGUUUGAGCUGCAGCAGGAGGCCUGGUGCCCUACCUCGAAAUUCAGCAGAUCUGAGCAGGCUGGCACGCAGCUGCAGUGAGAUUCUCCGAACCGCAGAGAGUGCCCUGGACUCGGACCACACAGCCAGCAGCUCAGGAGGUGACAGUGAGGAUGAUGAGGGAUUGGUGAGAGGUGGUCGCCGCCUACGACCCCUCCCGACAAAGUCAAUUGUCACUGGCAAAGAAUGGCAGUGGGCAGAGAGUAGGGCGUGGCUUGGAAGCAGAUGGGUGUGGCUGCAGACUCAAGUAUCAGAGCUGGAGUUCCGGAUCCGAGCGCUGAAUGAACUUUACACACAGCUCAGACAGGGAAAGGUGCGGACUGCUUACUCUCUGCCUGACACACCCCUCAGAGCAUCAAAUCCCUCCCCCACAUCACACAACUGCAAGUUGUCCUCUGUUGGUGACCCAAACAAAAAGUGGCAGACAGAAGACGCCCCCAUGCCACACACUGUGCCCAGUUCACCUUCUGCUGCACGGGUUCAACCGUUACUCCGGCAACGGCGUCACAGAUUUAUUCGCCUUGAGGAUUGUUCUGCGCUGGGCUCAAAGGCGGUUUCCUUACAGUGCUGGUGUGAACCCCCAACUGUGUGUGUGUUAUGUGGUGGUGCUCCUGCUUGCUCCACUUCAGACAAGGGGAAGGACAACUCGACACGUCAGGCCUGGCUUGAUAUGUCUGUUCACCCCGUUCUCUCUAUGCCAUCAGGCCUUGAAAGUAGCACUUCUCUUUGGGUUUCCCCCAUUGCAGAUUCACCCUUCACACUGCACUGUGGAAUCCGCCCGCUGGUCGGGCAUCAUUCUUAUAAUUCAAUGCAGUGGAUGAACAAGUCAACUUCUUUGUCUUGGCUGGGGAGGCGGGGCCAAGGACGAGCUGGGAGAGUGAGGAGGAGAUUAGUUUGUCCCCGCCCACCCAAUACACUGCCUCCUUUAUUUAAUGCACCCGGUGGUUCUGGUUGCAGAAGCCAGAGAGGUGUGAUUAGCCCAAUCUGUCUUCCUCAGCGAGCCACAGAUUUUCCCAUCCUGCUGGCAACACCCCCAGCGACAGACACACCCUCUCAGCCUUUGCGAAGGAGGAGAGUGGAAAGCUCGUUUGACAUUGACAAUUUAGUGAUGCCUUUGGGCCUGGCUGGACUACGAGCACGAGUACAGAGAUUACAAUACAAAGAGAUUAUCACACCAAGCUGGAGAGAGCUGGACUCUCUCUCAGGGGUCUUUGAAAACCAGGAGGGGCCACAUGCCCAGUUGUUAAAUUACAUUAACAAACACCACCAGCCCGAUGAGGAAGGACUGGAAAAUGAAGAGGAGGAGGAAGAUCUCUCUGAUGCCGUGUUUCUGAGUCGCCAUGCUUUGUGUGAGAGUAGAGAGAGAAGUCGGUGGGGGAGUUGGGCUCGUAGACGUCGCCGGGGCAGAUCUUCCUCCUAUCAUGGGGAUGGGAAGAGCUCCAGGGGGUUGGAACAGACACCCGACUCUCCAGAUUCCAGGCAGAUUCAUUGUGCAGAAGGAGACGUAUCGCCAUCCAGCACUUUCUGUACUGCAGCAGAAGAUCCCUUCAGCCAGGCUGAGGAAGAACAGCAGGCUGUGCUGCCAUGGGAAUGCCGGUCGUUCCCCUUGCAGGAAUCUGAACUUCGGUGGCUGCAGGAGGAGGAAGAGACGGAGCCUGAUGAGGACCCAUGCUCAGCCAGUGGCCGCAGCCAAAGCACGGACUCGGGCAUCUCCGUGGGCAGCCUGGAGCUCUCCCCGAAGACACCUCAGCCUUGUCAGCAGCACUCAGGCAGCGAGCAACCCACCCCACACACACUGUCCUGCAAACCAGCCACCCCGAAAACAAACUCUACAGCUCAGGAUUCUUCCACUCUUCCUCUUUCGUUUAACUCACUCACUCAUUGAUCAUAUCGCAUCAGUUCUCCACCUGUCUUUGCGUCCUCUCCACCCAGCAGUUUAGUUUGGAGGCCCAGUAGAGUCCUGUAAGAACCAGCUUAAAGGGCCCUCAUUUACUCACCCUCAUGCUGUUCCACACCCGUAUGUCUGUCUUUCUUCAAUGGGACACACAGGAAGAUUUUAGGCAAAAUGUUAGCCUUGGUCACCAUUUACUUCCAUUUAAAUUGAAAAAAGAUGCAAUGAAAAUGAAGCCUAGCAUCUCCAUUUGUAUUCCACGAAAUGAAGAAAAUCAUUUGGUUUUGGAACCACAUGAGGGUAAAUGUAAAUCAUUUAAGGGGAAACUAUCCCUUUUAAGGGUUUUUUUCUGCUAAUAUCAAAUCAACAAGACCACACACCCUUAUGUCAUUGACCCUGUUAUCAUGAUUCCUCACACUAAUCUAACCACAAGCCCUCCUGUGUCCUGACACCCUGAAUCCCAUUGGAGGCUUACAUAAAAACACAAAGCCUAUUAUUUAUAAUCUUUUCCCAAACCAUCAUCCAUUCAACCUAAGCUGGUUUGCUGGUCAGUCUAGGAAACCUGCUUAGACCAACAAACCAGCUUAAGAUGGGUUAAGCUGUUUUCUCCUGCAGGGUUGUCCACUACUCAUGUUUGUUUUGUUGUGUAUUUUGAUUUUGAUUUUUUUGGACCUGCCUAAAGUGUUUUUUUUCUUCAGCUGUAUAGCUAAGCUCUCUGUCAUUUUGUGUUUUUGUUGAAUCGUUACAUUUCGAGAUCUACUUGCUUUGCAAUCGACAAUGUGAGCUCGAAUCCAAACAGAUCUUCAGAUGUAAGCUCUUGGUUGAUCUCCAUAUACAGGCACCUCAUAUUACCCUUUGCGUGAUCGCAUUUACUGGGUUACCUUAUUCAUGUGUUGUAUUGUAUGUAUUUCAUGGAGAUGUGCGCAUACUGCCAGUCACCAAUCUGAAUACACAAAUCAUAGCAUUGAAAGUCUGUUACUGGCUAUGUGGAUUCUGCAGUGGCUGCCUGUGUGUUUCCACAAAAUUAUGCUUUGAUUUCCACACGAUCUGUAAAAGAAAGUGUGAUUGCUCUUGUGUUUAUGCAUAUCUGGCAGAGAGUAUAUGCGUGUGUUUGAUUUAGACAGGCCCACUGUACUGCUGCAUUAGAGGGUAGUGUUGGUGAAUAAAAGUCAUUGUUUUGUUGGAAAACACAAGAAAAAAUGUUAAUGAGAGUUUUUGUAUUUAAACGCACAUGAUGCUCUCAAUGCAAAGACAUAAUAAAAGGAAUAAACACAA